GCAGUCAACAUGACGAUUUAGGAAGUGGCUGAAGUGACGCGGAGAGGGCGCUACUUCCUAUGCGAGAAUGCUAAACAAGUGCAGUACUUGCCAUGUAAACACUCUUCAGCGAGUUGAGCUGGGUGCAAUACUGAGGUCUACGUUUCUUGCAGUUGGUUUUAAUUGUAUGUCUUUGUUUUCUCUUGAAAGAUGCAUUCAAUUCCAUGUCCACUCUGUUCCGUAGUAGUGUUAGUGGGAUGAACUGGUUACUGAAGACAGUGAGUGUUAUGGGCACCAACAGCACUCGAAACGACUUAAAUCAUGAAUCAUAUGAUCUUAACGUCGUUUUUAGUCGUUGCCUUGAGUGGUUCACACCAUGUUGCCUGUUUCGAGUCGAGUGAGCUGGGAAGGACGUCGUCUCAGCUUGUAUGGAACAAUGUGAGCUUCACGGGAACGCAACCUUUCGUAGGAAUUCUGAAGGGAGCCGCUGACGAAUGCAGUGAUGUUAUGAACCUGAGUGUCAGCCAGCGCUGCGAGUUUGUCAAGAACACCUCCGACUGUAACCAAGAGAGCGGCUUCAUCAACUACCCACGCCUCGCCUUCUGCCGGUUUUCUCCUCAACUCCUGCCCCUGGCCAUCACUCUCUAUGCUGUAUGGCUCCUCUUCUUGUUCCUGGCACUUGGACUUGCUGCCUCCAAAUUCUUCUGCCCAAACCUGUCGGCCAUUUCCUCCAUCCUAGGGCUGACUCACAACGUCGCUGGCGUGACCUUUCUGGCUCUGGGGAACGGAGCCCCUGAUGUGUUCAGCGCUAUGGCUGCCUUCUCCAGGCCCCACACCGCUGGACUGGCCAUCGGGGCCCUUUUUGGUGCUGGGAUCUUUGUGACGACUGUUGUGGCUGGCAGCGUGGCUUUGGUCAAGCCCUUCACCCUGGCCUCCCGACCCUUUCUGAGGGACAUGAUUUUCUACAUGGCAGCUGUGUUCUGGACUUUCACCAUUCUCUACAAAGGGCAUAUAGCCUUGGCAGAGGCACUAGGGUACAUAGGCCUGUAUAUGGUGUAUGUUGCCGCUGUCCUGGUGAGCGCCUAUAUCUAUAACUACCGGAAGCGCUCCAUCAAUGGGCCAACCCCAGUACAAACACCAGAUUUGCUGACUAGCGGUGAAUACAGUGAGAGUCUCAACAAGAGCAUACAGACAUAUGAUGAGGAGUACCAGCCUCUGCUCCCCCACACACUCUCCACCAGCCAGAUCCUCCUGGGCUCUCUGAGGCCCGUGGACAGCAGGAGGUGGAGGAGGAAACCCUGGACCUGGAGGGUCUUGAAGCUGGUGAAGAUGCCUCUGGAGGUGCUGCUGCUCCUCACUGUGCCUGUAGUGGACCCAGACAAGGAGGACCACAACUGGAACAGACCCCUCAACUGCCUCCACCUCAUCACUGGCCCUCUCGUGUGUGUUCUCACCUUUAAUUCAGGACAAUAUGGCCUGUACCUAAUCGAGGGUGAGUUUCCUGUCUGGGCACUGGUGGUGCUUUUUGGCGUUUUCUUGGCUGCUAUCGUCUUCUGCAGCACCACCAAUGAGCAUCCGCCGGAGUACCACUUUCUGUUUUCCCUGCUGGGGUUUGUGGUGAGCGCUCUGUGGAUCAACACGGCAGCCUCUGAGGUGGUGAGUGUGCUGCACAUGCUGGGGAUCGUCUUCAGCCUCAGCAACACGGUGCUGGGCCUCACACUGCUGGCCUGGGGCAACAGCAUCGGAGAUUUAGUCUCGGACAUUACGAUAGCCCGUCAGGGUUAUCCCCGCAUGGCCAUAUCCGCCUGUUUCGGAGGAAUCCUCUUCAACAUGUUGUUUGGUAUAGGUCUGGGCUGCUUGCUGCAGAUGUUCGGUGGUAAUCACAUAGUGACGCUGGAACCAGAGGGUCUUCUGUGUUGGAUCCUGUCCGGUGCUCUGGGGCUCAGUCUGGUUCUGUCAUUCGUGCUCAUCCCACUGCAGUGCUUCCAUCUCACCCGCGCCUACGGCAUCUUCCUCAUCGUCUUCUACUUCAUCUUCCUCCUGGUGGCCCUCCUCACCGAGUUUGGGAAGAUCCACUUGGGGGCGCUGUGAUGCUCUUUGAGGGACUGACCAGGAUGGUGAAGGAACAUCUGCACUGUGAUGAUCACAGAACUGAAGCAGCGAUGCAACAGACAAUCUGCUGGUUGUUAACUGUCCACAGGCAGUGUGUUCCACCCCUCCAGUAUAAUUGAGAAGUCCACAACAGGUGGAUGUGUUCUGUUGCAUUACACAUUUCUUUUUAUUAUUUGUGAUUUUGUGAAUGUGCAGUCCAUGGAGGAAAGAAAUGUGUCUUAUUUAAGGCUCCCACAUGAAUGUGUGAUGGGAUGAACAGAAUGUUCUUGGCUCUGCGUGGGUAUCGUCUGUUUUGUGCCAGUAAUGCUUCGGAGGUGAUGGAUAGCCUUUUCAGCCCCACAUCCUCUACACAACAUGUUCCGUUUAUUUGACAUCCUCAAAUGAGAGCCACACAUGUUCAUCCUUUGACUAAAGGGUGUAUAUGUGAAUUAGCAUUAGCAUUUCUAGUGGAAACAAUGUUUUGAUAAUCUGUGGCAUUUUCAAUUAGGGUUUGUUUUGUUUAUUUUUGUUGUUUUUGAUCUAAAAAAGGUGAGUAGGUUACAACACCAAUAAAUCAACCACAAGCACAUUAGAAUGCCAUCGAGUCAUGCCUAUUGCAGGACAUUGGGCCAUGCAGACAUUAUUCCACGAGAAGUGAUCUGAGCAAAUAUGGGAACAUUUUCUUAAGCACUGCUUGAACAAUGGAUGCAUCGUCAGUCUGUCCUGUUGGGCUAGAAUACAUAAAUGGUGAUUUGUCUUACGUAGAAAAAGAAUGAAGCUCUAUGCAAGUACUGUACUAUCUUUGAAGGGUCACUGAUCUUCACCACCAUCUUCAAAGGUCAGGAAGAGUUGUAUGUAAAACAUGUAGUUAAACACAAGGGAUGUAAAAUCUCAAUUCAACAUUUGUAUUGAUGGUAUUAAAACACAGUUGAACACUUCACCGCGUGAUUACAAUCAUUUUCAUCCACUCUGAUUUGACUUUUCCAAGUCCUUUUUCCCCAGAUUUUAAUUGCUCCUUUUUUGGAAGAAUAAUCUCAUCCUUUUGAAAAUCCCAACUCUUCUUUUCUUCUCUGACUUCGGUGCCUUCUUCUCAGCCUGUUGAAGGGCUUUCUCCCGUUUGUUGAGUUCUGUGUUUUUAACCCGGUCCUCUUGCAGGUCACACUCUGCAAUGUGUUGAGGUAUGCUUUCAGAAUUAUCCUGAGGAAAAAUAAGUACCCAGUCUUUGAAUGUAUGAAAUAAGUAUGUACAAAAACCUAAAAAGCCAUAGGCCUACAGUGUCAGAAGAAAUGAUUCAUGUAAAUCUUCAAUGUCACAAAGUUAAACAUCAUUCAAGGAAGGCCACAGAAAAGAGUGCAGCCCUGGGAAACAGAGAGAAAAGUACCUGGAGAUGCCUGGAGAUCACCUUAGAUGGACUCUGAAAAAAUAUAACACAUGUCCACAUAUCAAGUUAUUGAUACAGUUAGAAAUGCUUCCUCAAGGCAAUAGGCAAUUUCUGGUGCCCAGAAACACAAAAAGCCUGUCUCACCGGUCUGUCCAUCUGGAUCAUCAGGUCUUUCAUGACAUUGUCCUUGCAGACAACAACGGAAAUAAAAGAGCACAAGUAGAGUAUAGAUGACCCAGAGUGUAAAAUAGUAGAAGUGUGUGUGUGUGUUGGGUUUGUCCCUCCUGUAAAACCAUUGUGAAUUAUAGAGUUUUUAUUCAAUGAAGAACGUGAAUGCUGGCUAAGAAGUCUGUGUGUGGGCUAUUGUAGUGCUCUUGAUCUCCAGGGUGAAGAUGGGAUGGUGUCGGUCUAUGUCAUAACUUGUAACAAGUGUGCAAAAUAUGGAAAAAGAACACAUGCAAUAUUGUUGUCAAAUAAAUUAAAAAGCUUUAUUAAUAAAA